AUGAGUAGCGUUAUGGUAUAUGGUGCACCGCAAACGCGGAGAGAGACAGAUAAAUCAACUGGAAACAACACUACCGCCAAAGGUCCAUUACGAGAAACAUUCUUAACUUCGCUACACGAGAGAUCAGCCUCUUCAGCCACAGCAUCACUUCACCACCGAUAA